GCAUUAGAGCUCUGCCCAUCCCAAACUCUUUUAUAGCUUCCGCAUCCAAUCACCUAACCUCAUAAGCCCAUUACAACUGCCAUUAUACGCUUGCAUGCAUACUAUCACACAGCCUUGGCACUCUUAGCCAGCCGUACGUAGCCAUGCAUGCGUUGCUUGCUGCUCUUACUGCUCGUCGCGAUGCAGCGUCACCAGCCGUGGCGGAACUGUUGGCGGCAUUGGAGCAGGCUGGACCGGAGCUCACGGAAAUGGACGUUCAGAUAUCCUCCUUCGGUGGUGUGGGCAGCACCCAACUGUCCAACCACCUUAAUGCGUACGGCAUCACAACCAACCUCCUAACUGAUGCUGACAACCUACGGCACUGCCCCAGACCCCCGGUGUACGACAACACGAACACUGCUAGCACCAGCGGCAGUAGCGGCUCCUCACAUGUACGGCGGCCGCGUCACGUGGUGUACCUGUACGGCGACCCCCUAGCGGCCGUUGCAAGCCACUACCGCCGGGGCCACGCAUGUCACCAGGCCCAGAAGACGUGCGGCCAGCCCUCCUGCCUCUCUCCGGCCACCUUCCCGCCUUCUUUCGAGGAGUAUGUAUCCAGGGGUGAGGACUUGUUCGGGCUGGAGGCGCACUUCCAUAACUGGCUCACCGCGCGCCUGGAAUACCCGCUGGUGAUGCUCAGGUAUGAGCGUAUGUUUGAGCCGGGGGUUGCGAGUCGGCUGUUCCAGCUGCUGGCGGGGCACAAGCUGUGUGCGCCGCAGCUGCAGCGGAUGACACGGGAGUUCGUGGCUUCACAUCGACCCCGGAGAAGCCAGGUACCGGCGGAGUACUACAGGAGGAUGUACGGCAGCCUACUUGCGGAGAUGGACCGCUUACCGCCGCUGCUCAUCAGGGGCGCUGGAGCGAGCGCGCCCAUCACGGAAGCGGACACACAACCGCCG